AUGCCUCCAAAGAAGAAAUGUACCCACAAGGCCAGGAAGGCGGAGCUGGUAUUCUUUGAGAGGCCGCGAGAGGGACGCGUUCAUUGCUAUGAAACUCCGCUACUUUCGGCCAAGAAUCCAAGACGUGUUCCUACAAAACCUGUAGACCAGAACACCUCUGCUGCCUGGGUGUGCCCACAAUUUGAAACAACUAAGUCAGCGGUGGUGAAAGCAUGCCAGAAGAAGCAUCAUGGUCCUCACAAACCCCAGAAUCAGAAUGCCAACCACAGUUUGCGUCAUGCAGGAGGAGCUUGUCAAAGAGCUAUAGCCUGCAAAUUUCCUCCUUUAACUUUUGAGAAUCCAGAAGGAUAUCCAGUCGACCCCUCGGAUCAUCCGAAUUGCCUGAGGAAGAAUACACAGCGCUCUCGCAGCCAGACCAAGAAAGGGACAGCAGCGAAAGCCAACAUUCCAGUGAAUAGUCUGGAGAACUGUAGAGAAACACCUUUGUUGCCUGCUUCCCAGCCUGUGGAGCCAGAAGUCUUCAGUCCACCAGAUGCAGAGACUCCACAGGUGGCUUCCAUAAAGAACUGGAGAUGCAGCAGUGCUCUGCCGCAAACAAGUAGCCAUGCCUGGCAUCCAGAAGAAGAGCUGGCAUUUGGUAUUGAUCCCCAUGGGAGAGGGGAGUCAGCAGCAGUACUGGUUACAGAUACUCCCGAGCAUGAGUACGGAGUAAAGGUUACUUGGAGACAGCGGCCUCAUCUAAUGAAAUACCUGCAGGAGAGGGGGAAGCUGAGUGCUGCCGACAUACUGGUGAAGGCGAACCCUGAGCUCUCAAGGAGACAGGCCAACGUCUAA